GACGACUGACUGACGGAAGGUGGUUAAGGGAUUAUUCUGACUGGUCAGCAGCAUUUUCGCUGAAAGGUAAGCUGCUGAACUUCUUAGUACUGAUGAGGCAAAACAGUAAAAUCCAGCCUCAGAGAAGAGAGCAGGGAAUCACAGGCCGAGAGGACACGGCACAAUGAAGACGCCAACAGCGAGGAUCAGCGGGACAUGGAUUUGUCUCGGGGCCGCAGCACCUGCUCCUAAUUGGUGCUAGGCGCUCCCCAUCGCCGUGGGUCAGCGCUCAGCCCUCCUGGCUGGGCUGGCACAGAGGCUCCCGGCUGAUUGCUGCUGCUCCCGUGCGGGUGCCCCCACGUGCUGAGCUAAUCGUGACAGAUAGAGGGCAGACAGAAGCCCGCUCGCUGCUCCCAGUUAGCUGCUUGUGACAAGUAAGGCGGCCGACGUGCAUCUCAGAAAGGGGAGAAGGACAGUAUCCUCCUGGGCUAGCACGUCAGGUGCUUUCUUCCCCUUGAACCUCUAGCAACGUUUUGUAGAUGCUGCAAGACUGGAUAUGAGUGCUUUCCAGAAACCAGGCUUGUAACGUGGGAACAGAUCCUCUUGCACUCAGAUUAUGAACACUGGCUGUUUUGAAAGGGAUGUGCAGGACGCAGUCUUGGCGAGAAAACUUGCUGCAUAAUCUUACGUGGGCUCCCGAUGAAACUUUCAACCGGCAAAUCAGCCCUGAGCAGAAUUUGACAGAAGAUGUUACAACGGUUUUACCUCUGGAAAUGCUUAGCUUCGGGGAUCAUCCUGGGAGUGCUCUCUGCAGUCUGCUUUGGCCAGUACGAUGAUGACUGGCAAUAUGAGGAUUGCAAACUAGCUAGGGGAGGACCGCCAGCCACCAUAGUUGCCAUUGAUGAAGAAAGCCGGAAUGGUACGAUUCUGGUGGAUAACAUGCUGAUCAAAGGGACUGCGGGAGGACCAGACCCCACCAUCGAACUUUCCUUAAAGGACAACGUGGAUUACUGGGUGUUGCUGGACCCCGUCAAGCAAAUGCUCUUCCUGAACAGCACGGGCAGAGUUCUGGAUAGAGACCCCCCGAUGAACAUACACUCGAUCGUGGUGCAGGUGCAGUGCGUCAACAAGAAGGUGGGCACCGUCAUCUACCAUGAGGUUCGCAUCGUGGUGAGGGACCGCAAUGACAACUCUCCCACGUUCAAGCGCGACAGCUACCAUGCCGCGGUGAAUGAGCUCACUCCGGUCGGCACCACAAUAUUUACAGGGUUUUCAGGAGACAACGGAGCUACAGACAUAGAUGAUGGACCAAAUGGGCAGAUAGAAUACGUCAUCCAGUACAAUCCGGAGGACCCGACAUCCAAUGACACCUUUGAAAUCCCCCUCAUGUUGACUGGGAAUGUGGUGUUAAGGAAGAGGCUCAACUAUGAAGACAAGACUCGGUACUUUGUCAUCAUCCAAGCUAAUGACCGGGCACAAAAUCUGAAUGAGCGGCGAACCACCACCACCACUCUCACGGUGGAUAUUCUGGACGGAGAUGACUUGGGUCCGAUGUUUCUUCCUUGUGUCCUUGUGCCGAACACUCGUGACUGUCGCCCGCUCACCUACCAAGCUGCCAUACCUGAGCUCAGAACUCCGGAAGAACUGAACCCCAUCGUGGUUACCCCGCCCAUCCAAGCCGUUGACCAGGACCGGAACAUUCAGCCGCCAGCAGAUAGACCAGGCAUCCUCUACUCUAUCCUUGUUGGGACUCCGGAGGAUUACCCACGAUUUUUCCAUAUGCAUCCUAGGACAGCAGAACUUAGCCUCCUGGAGCCCGUAAACAGAGAUUUUCACCAGAAAUUUGAUUUGGUUAUUAAGGCUGAACAAGACAAUGGUCACCCUCUGCCAGCCUUUGCCAGUCUACAUAUUGAAAUACUGGAUGAAAACAACCAGAGUCCCUACUUCACGAUGCCCAGUUAUCAAGGCUACAUUCUGGAAUCUGCCCCAGUGGGAGCCACUAUCUCUGACAGUCUGAAUUUGACCACCCCUCUUAGAAUUGUGGCUCUGGACAAGGACAUAGAGGAUACGAAAGACCCAGAGCUUCACCUUUUUCUCAACGAUUACACCUCAGUCUUCACCGUCACACAGACCGGUAUCACUCGCUACCUCACCCUACUUCAACCAGUGGACCGAGAAGAGCAGCAAACUUACACUUUUUCGAUAACAGCAUUUGAUGGUGUGCAAGAAAGCGAGCCAGUUAUUGUCAAUAUCCGGGUGAUGGAUGCAAAUGAUAACACUCCAACCUUCCCUGAAAUAUCCUAUGAUGUCUACGUUUAUACAGACAUGAGCCCCGGGGACAGCGUCAUACAGCUCACCGCGGUGGAUGCAGAUGAAGGGUCCAACGGGGAGAUUACCUACGAAAUCCUAGUUGGGGCUCAGGGAGACUUCACCAUCAACCGAACCACGGGGCUCAUCACCAUCGCUCAGGGGGUGGCGCUGACAGUGGGGCGCACCUAUGCGCUCACAGUCCAGGCUGCAGACAACGCGCCUCCUGCAGAGAGAAGGCACUCCAUCUGCACCGUGUACAUUGAAGUGCUUCCUCCAAAUAAUCAGAGCCCUCCCCGCUUCCCACAGUUGAUGUACAGCCUUGAAAUCAGUGAAGCCAUGAGGAUUGGUGCCGUUUUAUUAAAUCUCCAGGCAACUGAUCGAGAGGGAGACCCAAUAACAUAUGCCAUUGAGAAUGGAGAUCCCCAGCGAGUUUUUAAUCUUUCAGAAACUGCUGGGAUUCUAACCUUAGGGAAAGCCCUGGACAGGGAGAGCACCGAUCGCUACAUUCUGAUCGUCACUGCUUCCGAUGGCAGGCCGGAUGGGACCUCAACUGCCACGGUCAAUGUGUUAGUGACAGAUGUCAAUGACAACGCCCCAGUGUUCGAUCCCUAUCUGCCUCGAAAUCUGUCCGUGGUCGAAGAAGAAGCCAAUGCGUUUGUGGGUCAAGUAAGGGCAACAGACCCUGAUGCGGGAAUAAAUGGCCAGGUGCACUACAGUCUGGGCAACUUCAAUAAUCUCUUUCGCAUCACAUCUAACGGGAGUAUUUACACAGCAGUGAAGCUUAACCGAGAGGUCAGGGACUACUACGAACUUGUCGUUGUGGCAACCGAUGGGGCGGUUCACCCGCGUCACUCAACCCUGACGCUGGCCAUCAAAGUGUUGGAUAUUGAUGAUAACAGUCCCGUGUUCACUAACUCAACAUAUACUGUCAUCGUAGAAGAGAACCUGCCAGCCGGGACCACCUUCCUUCAGAUAGAGGCCAAAGAUGUUGACCUCGGAGCAAAUGUGUCUUAUCGGAUCAGAAGCCCAGAAGUCAAGCACUUUUUUGCACUACAUCCAUUUACAGGAGAACUCUCCCUCUUAAGGAGUUUGGACUAUGAGUCAUUUCCAGACCAGGAAGCAAGCAUCACUUUUCUCGUGGAGGCCUUCGAUAUUUAUGGAACGAUGCCACCGGGCAUUGCUACUGUCACAGUGAUAGUGAAGGAUAUGAAUGAUUAUCCUCCAGUAUUUAGUAAACGAAUCUACAAAGGGAUGGUGGCUCCGGAUGCUGUCAAGGGCACACCUAUCACCACGGUUUAUGCUGAAGACGCAGACCCUCCUGGAUUACCUGCAAGUCGUGUGAGGUACAGAGUAGAUGAUGUCCAGUUUCCUUAUCCUGCUAGUAUUUUUGACGUAGAAGAAGAUUCUGGAAGAGUAAUAACUCGAGUCAAUCUUAAUGAAGAACCUACGACAAUUUUUAAGUUGGUGGUCGUCGCUUUUGACGAUGGUGAGCCUGUGAUGUCCAGCAGUGCCACGGUGAAGAUUCUGGUCUUACAUCCUGGAGAAAUCCCACGCUUCACACAAGAGGAGUAUAGACCCCCUCCGGUGAGCGAACUUGCUGCCGGAGGCACAACAGUUGGUGUCAUUUCUGCAGCGGCCGUCAACCAGAGUAUCGUGUACUCCAUUGUCUCAGGAAACGAAGACGGUCUGUUUGGAAUCCACAACAUCACGGGUGUUAUCUAUGUCAAUGCCCCUCUGGAUUAUGAGACAAGAACGAGCUAUGUGCUUCGCGUCCAGGCUGAUUCCCUGGAAGUGGUCCUCGCCAAUCUCCGAGUUCCUUCGAAAAGCAAUACGGCUAAAGUGUAUAUUGAAAUUCAGGAUGAAAAUGAUCAUCCCCCAGUGUUUCAGAAAAAAUUCUACAUUGGAGGUGUGUCUGAAGAUGCAAGAAUGUUUACUUCUGUGCUCAGAGUUAAGGCUACUGACAAAGAUACUGGCAAUUAUAGCGCCAUGGCAUACCGACUCAUCAUUCCACCAAUUAAAGAGGGAAAAGAAGGAUUUGUUGUAGAAACAUAUACCGGGCUCAUCAAAACCGCUAUGCUUUUCCACAACAUGAGAAGGUCCUACUUCAAAUUCCAAGUCAUCGCGACUGACAACUAUGGGCAGGGGCUAAGUGGCAAGGCAGAUGUGCUGGUCUCUGUGGUCAACCAGCUGGACAUGCAGGUGAUCGUUUCGAACGUGCCCCCGACUCUGGUGGAGAAAAAGAUAGAAGACCUUACAGAGAUUUUGGAUCGGUAUGUUCAGGAGCAAAUUCCUGGUGCCAAAGUGGUGGUGGAGUCCAUCGGUGCUCGCAGGCAUGGGGAUGCCUUUUCGCUAGAAGAUUACACCAAAUGUGACCUGACUGUCUAUGCAAUCGACCCCCAAACCAACAGAGCCAUCGACAGAAAUGAGCUUUUUAAAUUUUUGGAUGGCAAACUGCUUGAUAUCAAUAAAGACUUUCAGCCGUAUUACGGCGAAGGAGGACGUAUUCUGGAGAUCCGGACCCCGGAGGCAGUGACCAGCAUUAAAAAGCGAGGAGAGAGCCUAGGCUAUACAGAGGGGGCCCUGCUUGCACUCGCCUUCAUCAUCAUCCUCUGCUGUAUCCCUGCCAUCUUGGUAGUUCUGGUCAGAUCCCUGCCUUCUCAAAGACGCCAAGCCGAGUGCACCAAGACAGCGCGAAUCCAGUCGGCAUUACCCGCAGCCAGGCCUGCUGCACCUGCGCCCGCACCUGUGGCCGCGCCCCCGCCGCCCCCGCCGCCCCCUGGGGCGCACCUGUAUGAGGAGCUGGGAGACAGCACCAUUCUUUUCCUUCUCUACCAUUUCCAACAAAGCAGGGGAAAUAAAUCAGUCUCAGAAGACAGGAAAAAUCAACACAGUGGGAUGCCCCUUUCUCCCAGCACUGUUCGGGCUCACAAAGAGGCUCGUGUAGACGGACCACUUAACGACCAGCCCGCAUCGGCAAGAUCAUUCCCACUGGUAUCUGAUGAGGACGCCUUGAGUACCCACGGUACUCUUUAUAAGGAAACCAUAGAUCCAAGACCAACAAAUUCAGACUUUUUGCUAAGAACAGAUUUCACAGACUCACUUUUACCCAGAACGAAAGGCAGGAGUAAGUCCCUGAGGGGCCCGAGAGAAAUGUUUCAGAGGAUGUGGAACCAGCCAGUCUGCUUCCCUCAGAGACCAGUGUGGGAACUUCCCAAGAGACCAGAGACCACAGAUCUGCAGCACUGGCAGAGCAACGGGCGGGAAGGUAGAAAGGAAAGCCCUGGAACCUGUCCAAACCAAAGAGGUAGCGGGAGGCCCCUGCCGAGAGCCAGGGAUAUGCAGGCGGCAGAGAGAGAGGAAAUGAGGCCAGGUGAUUCACUGCCUGUGUUGGGAACAGAACACGUGGCAUCUCCAUCUUCAGACUCUUCCUGUUUCUCUCCUUCACCUCGCUCCUCCUUCUCCACUUUGCCAACUGUGUCAAGAACUGUGGAGCUCCAGUCAGAGCCUCAUGCCGCCAUUUCUCCGGCUGACUGUUCCUUGGAACUUUCUCCUUCGACGCCUGGCAUUUUGCAUUCUCCAGUCUUUAGGAGAGAGGCACCCGUGUGUAUGCUGACUGUCGAAGCUGAAAGGAACAUUUUCGAAAUUCUUCCCGAACCACCCCGUAUCUCUCCUCCUCCAACUCCUGUUGCUUUUUCCUGUCUUCCUCCUUCCCAUCCUCCUCCUCCACUUCUUCCGCUGUCCGGCCCCCCUUCCCCUCCCUCUACUUCUCCUUCCCUCCCUCCACCAUGCCCCCCUCUUCCUUCUCCACUGUCUCCUCCCCCUUCGGUUCCGUCCACCAGGUGUGUCCCUAUACCAGCUGUUAAAGGUACUGUCGGUGUAACACCAGCGGAGGAAAGGACGUCCUCUGGGACACAGCUGCCAGCAUCCACCACAGAGUGCAAGGCGGAUCCCCGAAGGGAACCAAAAGGCAUCCUCAAGCAUAUUAAAAACGUAGCAGACCUUGAAAAGUCAGUAGCUAACAUGUACAGUCAAAUAGAAAAAAACUUCCCACCAAUGCACAACUCAGACCUUGAAACUAGUUGCCCUCCAGAGACAGAAAAUGUGGAAAUGACCUCUGGACAAAACCAGGGGAAUUUGCACAGGAUUGUCGAGGGAACUGAAAACCGACCUCACAGCGAAUCUACUUCCCUGUAAUGUUGCUCUUCGUGUUUUAACCGGACAACUCUUUUGUUGACCGUAAUCUUCAAGUGGAGGCAAAUGGGAACGUUAGAGAAGAUUCCAUUCUUUUGCCCAAAACUCCGUGCAGUGCUGUUUUUUCCCUCAUUUUUUACUUUUAAAGAUUAUUAACCUCAUCGUUUCUAACUCAUAUUAUAGAUUUACCUUAAUUUUCUUAACUACGAAGUAGCAUUAUUUGUCUACGUUUGUUUUAAAAAGUAAGUAACUUCAGUCUAUUUUUCAGUGGGAAUAUGUGGGCAAGAAAGUUAGAUAUCCAACUUAAACCAAUGGUUUGUUAACAUGUUAAUGCAGUAACGUCUACAUUUACUUCCUGAUCAUAGUUUUAUUUGAGUGCUCCAGGAAAAAGAAAAAAAAAAAAAAAACUGUUAAAAUAAGCUAAAAAAAUGAUAUCAUAGGUUCUGUUUCUUCCUUGAAGCCUAUGUAUUUGGUAAGAUUAAAUACUACCAAAGUAAAAAUGUUAUGUAUCUAGAAAUGUAGGAGUUGACAGACAUUAUGGUGUUCCAAAAUAAAUCCCAGGUGCUAUAAGAUGUAGUCAUCUGUUUUCUUACAUGAACAGUCUUCAGUCUGGCUUGCUUUUAUCUUACUAGUGUGCUUAUACAGUUGAAAAAUCUUUUAUGUUUUCAGUUACUGUCUUAGUCUACUUAUUUCUCAUUAUGCUUUCUCUUCCCCUCUUUAUAAUGAAAAUAAAUCUUGAGCUGUUGGCUUUUAUAAGACAUUUCAUUGUUCCCACAGAUGUUGACAGGGACCUUCGGUUUUGCUUGUCCCCAUUAUGUUAUCAUCUUGUCAUUAUAAUUUUAUCAUAAGAUUCUCUUUCAAAGAAAAUAUUUAUCUCAGUUUCAUAAAGAAAUUCUAAUUAGUUUCACCAAAAUAAAGUUAACUAAAUGUCUACAGAGGUUUAUCUAGUAUGAAUUUAGUUGCUAUUUGAUUGAUGAAAAUUAUAAAUGUUUUUAUUAAGUUUGUCAAUAAUAUAAAACGUUUGCCUGCCGUAAUUUUAGAACAGCAUUAUUGGCUUCAUUUCUAGUUACCUGUAAUUACUCUAGAUAAAUCAUCCAAACUUAUUUGUAUAAAUAAGAUAUAAAAACUUUAAAUAGAAAUCAAGAAAGAAUAUGUCUGGUGAAGUGUCAUCAGUUUUAUAUAGGCUUUUACUCUUUGUUUUAAGUGAAGAAGAUAAAAAUUUAUCCUCGAAAAAAAAAAAACAAAACAAAACCAAAAACACGUUAUGUUGUAGUUUUUCUCAGAACUCAACUUGGAAAAUUCUUAAAGACCUCAGCUGAGCUAAGUGCUAUCUUCCUAUCUCUUUAAUGAAAACUACACUUGACUAGCAAGUAAUUAUUCUGUUUUCCCACCUAACCCAUGGAAUAAAUUUUAUUUACUGGAAAUCCCCACUUUAAAUACAAGUGUAAUUAUUUGAUUUAUUCUGCAGUUUUAAUAUUGUAGAAGAUAAAAGUUUGCACAGGAAAACAAAACAUGGUUUCAAAAUGUAGACCAAAAUCUUGCCAGGUGAUCUCCAUUGUAGAUACCUAAUAUAGGCCCGUAUAAUGCAUCAUUUCAAAGAUUUUGUUCAGCUCUUACAUUAUGUGAUAUUUCUUCAAGAAUUUGGUCUGUCAUCCUUAAUAGUAUCAGAUUUUUUGAAAAAUCUAUAAAUCGAAUUAUUUUCAUUAGCUCCUUUGCUUCAGAUUCUUUUCAUCCAAAUCAAGAGUAAUUUCCUUCUUGGGGUUUUUGAACCUGAUUUUUUUCUGUCUUUCACUGAAACAUUUCAGUUGGAAUUUUUGUUGGCAGCUGGUCAUAUGCAUUGGAAGUUGUGCUAUUUGGCGGACUCUGACAAGGUAUUAUUCAUAAUUGUGUAAGCCUUUCAUUUGAGUGUGUGUGUUUUUUAAGCUAUUUGUAUCAACUUCUUGGAUAUGAGAAAUUUUUAAUAUAUUCUCUAAAUAAUUAUAAAGAAAUAUUAUGAAAACCCCAAAUAACAGUUUUAUAUAGGUAUGUGCAGCCUCACUGAGUUGUCACACUGUCUUUUCUGUAUCAUUUUUAUAGUAUUUGUUUAGUCUAAACAUUUUAUUAGUAUAUUACACUUUUCAAAUGAAACAUCCAUUCCCAUGUUUUCUAUUUAAUAGUUUUUUAUUUCAUGUUCUAUUUAGAGAUCCCUGGAUUCAUUGUAAAAGUCUGUUCGAAUGCCUUCUGCAUGAGACCUAUAAAUAUUCUUUGAGUUCGUAGGCCAAAAUAUUAUUUCCCUUCUCAACCCAUAAGCCCCCACAACCUGCCAACGAACCUCCAGAAUCAUAAUACAUUAUUUGUCUUCUGCAUUUAUUAUGUUCCAAUAGUGCAUAAGAAAUUAUUAGAUGCCUUGAUAAAAGAUAUAAGUAAGUUACCAUAUGUUUUCCUUAUUAUUAAAUGCAUACAAAUGGUAUACAAUGAUAAUUAACACACAUGGAAUACCAUCUGCAUAAAAAUGCAUCAGUAUUAUGUGACUUGUCUUGUAAGAGUCAACAGAAAGUCACAUUAAUUGAAAGCAUACAGACAAUUAUACAUAUUGAUUCUGUUCUGUACUUUUUCUAAGUCACUUUCUGCCUUUGAGCUGAGACAAUCCAAAUAACUACGUGAAAGACAACAAAAAGAUUAAUGGAAACAGUGUAGUUCAUCUAUUGGUAUUUUAUUCUCCACACGUAGGAAAAAGACUGCUACUGAAAAAAAAACAAGCACCAAAAAAGGCAGCUUAAAUAUCCUGGAGAGUAAAGUCCAGCUUUCGUUGGACAUUUAUAUCAUGUAUGUGACUCAAUUCUCAUUACUAAAACCUAAUUAUGAGCUUUCUCUGUCUCUGAAAGAUAUAAAUCCAGGAAACUUCUAAAUGCUUUAGAAGGAUUAUAAUUUGCAUAACUAGUGGCAGAAUCACAGAAGCAAAACUCACUGAAGGUCCAUUUCAGAUAAUAAAUUGUGACAGGAUUAACUAAGCAUUAUAUUACCAUUAUUACCAACCAUUUCAAUCAACAAUGCCUUAACCACUUAAGAUUUGUUCAGAUAAGUAGACUUCUUUUGUAAAGGCCUUGUAAUAUUUUAAAGAAAUUUUCUACAGAUAUUGUUUUGUUGGACUUUAAAGUUAUGGGUGCCUCUUCGUAGCAGUUACUAGCUUUAUAUACUCAGUCUUUCGCACCAUACUAUACAUAUAACACUUUAGAUCAACUGUUUAGUGAAUGAGAAAAAAUCUUUAUAAUUAA